AGGCGAACGGAUUUUCGGGUAAAAGGCAACGCUUGCAACACUUACUAACUGUUCACUUCCCUAAGUCAAUACAUAGAAAAUAUACUAUAAGGAUUUUUUCAAGCUGUCUAAAAUUGAAUGUACAUAUGUUGACACAUAUGUAAAUAUACAUAUAUUUGAAAAUAAUGUGAAGCUAUAAAAAAACAUAUAUUUGGCGAAAAGUAAUAAGUGAUGUUGUUGAAAGUGAUCUAAAGAGAUAUACAUACAUAUUUCAUAUCAAAAAGAGUUAACGUUCGUAACAACAGUAGCAACAGCAGCAAAAAUUAUAAUAUAUCAAAUUAUAAAAAUUAACAGAGGCUUGGGCAGUUGCUUCUUGGUACCAUUCCUCAUAAUUUAAUCAUAAUAUUAUUUCUACCAUACUUACGUUGUUAUAAUUUAUGUCUAUAAAUCAACGCACUUAAAAACCAGUAGAAAAUAAAUAAAAAUGAAACCAAUAAUUUAUUUCAACAAUUGAUUUAUGAGUGAUGCCAAGUGUGAGCUGCUGUAGAAAAUACGGAGCCAUUUAGUUCUAAAAUAGUUCACAACAUUUACACAAAAGGACUUAAUACGCUCUCCCGCUCACCUGAACAAUCUCAGGUCAACCUUAAAUAGGUUAUUAGAAACAUAUAACCACAGCAAGGAUCAUUGUAAUCAAAAGCAAUUAAUUUUGCUGGGAUCAAAGAUUUAUAAAAGCGGAGGGCGCUUAUUGAAAAUGGCGCCUCGGAUAUAGCUGUAAUCCAAAGCUAACCCGCGACAUCCAUGUGCCUCAUGCCUUGGAAAUCUGAGGCUCUCACUGCUGGCCGUAUAGACAAUGACAGAAGAUUCCGACUCGAUAUCUGAGGAAGAACGUAGCUUGUUCCGUCCCUUCACCCGCGAAUCGUUGAUUCAAAUUGAAAAACGCAUAGCCGCUGAAUAUGAAAAACAAAAGGAGUUUGAAAGAAAAAGAGCCGAGGGCGAGGUGCCGCAAUAUGGUCGCAAGAAAAAACAAAAAGAAAUCCGAUAUGAUGACGAGGAUGAGGAUGAAGGUCCACAACCGGAUCCUACACUUGAACAGGGCGUGCCAAUACCUGUUCGAUUGCAGGGCAGCUUCCCUCCGGAACUGGCCUCCACUCCUCUCGAGGAUAUUGAUCCUUUUUAUAACAAUGUACUGACCUUUGUAGUUGUAAGUAAGGGAAAAGAUAUUUUUCGCUUUUCUGCAUCCAAAGCAAUGUGGUUGCUCGACCCGUUCAAUCCCAUACGUCGCGUAGCUAUUUAUAUUUUAGUGCAUCCGUUGUUUUCGUUAUUUAUAAUUACAACUAUUCUGGUUAAUUGCAUUCUGAUGAUCAUGCCUACAACGCCAACAGUCGAAUCCACUGAGGUGAUAUUCACCGGAAUCUACACAUUUGAAUCAGCUGUUAAAGUGAUGGCACGAGGUUUCAUUUUAUGCCCGUUUACGUAUCUUAGAGAUGCAUGGAAUUGGCUGGACUUCGUAGUAAUAGCUUUAGCUUAUGUGACUAUGGGUAUUGACUUAGGUAACCUCGCAGCAUUGAGAACCUUUAGGGUAUUGCGUGCACUUAAAACAGUAGCCAUCGUGCCAGGCUUGAAGACUAUUGUUGGUGCUGUCAUCGAAUCUGUAAAAAAUUUGCGUGAUGUGAUAAUUUUAACAAUGUUCUCGCUGUCAGUAUUUGCUCUGAUGGGGCUACAAAUUUACAUGGGUGUUCUAACACAGAAGUGCAUUAAAAAAUUUCCCUUGGAUGGUUCAUGGGGAAAUUUGACUGAUGAAAACUGGGACUACCAUAAUCGCAAUAGUUCGAAUUGGUAUUCAGAGGAUGAUGGUUAUUCCUUCCCCCUUUGUGGGAACAUAUCUGGUGCUGGGCAAUGUAGUGAUGAGUACGUUUGUCUGCAAGGCUUUGGUCCUAAUCCAAAUUAUGGAUACACCAGUUUCGAUUCAUUCGGUUGGGCUUUCCUCUCGGCGUUCCGUCUAAUGACACAGGACUUUUGGGAAGAUUUGUACCAGCUCGUUCUUAGAGCGGCUGGUCCCUGGCACAUGCUGUUUUUUAUAGUCAUCAUCUUCCUAGGUUCAUUCUAUCUUGUGAAUUUGAUUUUGGCCAUUGUUGCCAUGUCUUAUGACGAAUUACAAAAGAAGGCCGAAGAAGAAGAGGCUGCCGAAGAGGAGGCGAUUCGUGAAGCAGAAGAAGCGGCGGCAGCAAAAGCUGCCAAGUUGGAAGAACGAGCAAAUGCAGCAGCACAAGCAGCGGCAGAUGCAGCUGAAGCGGCCGAAGCAGCCUUGCAUCCGGAACUGGCGAAAAGUCCCACAUAUUCGUGUAUUAGCUAUGAGCUCUUUGUUGGUGCCGAGAAAGGGAAUGAUGACAACAAUAAGGAGAAAAUGUCGAUUCGCAGCGUUGAAGUUGUAUCGGAGUCGGUGAGCGUUAUUCAAAGACAACCAGCACCUACCACAGCACCCGCUACUAAAGUCAGAAAAGUAAGCACGACAUCCUUAUCCUUACCUGGUUCACCGUUUAACAUACGCAGGGGAUCACGUAGUUCACAUAAGUACACAAUUCGAAAUGGGCGAGGUCGUUUCGGUAUUCCUGGGAGUGAUCGAAAACCCCUUGUACUGUCAACAUAUCAGGAUGCGCAACAGCAUUUGCCAUAUGCCGAUGAUUCGAACGCAGUAACACCGAUGUCCGAAGAGAAUGGCGCUAUUAUUGUGCCGGUAUAUUAUGGCAAUUUAGGUUCUAGACAUUCAUCAUAUACCUCGCAUCAAUCACGAAUCUCGUAUACAUCACAUGGCGAUCUGUUAGGGGGUAUGGUGGCUAUGGGUGUCAGCACGAUGACUAAAGAAAGUAAACUAAGAAGCCGUAAUACGCGUAACCAGUCAGCAGGUGCAUCAAAUGGCACUAGUUAUGUCGAUACAAAUCACAAGGAAUUACACCGAGACUUUGAAAUGGGCCUUGAAUGUACCGACGAAACCGGAAAGAUAAAACAUCACGACAAUCCUUUUAUAGAGCCCGUCCAAAACCAAACAGUCGUCGACAUGAAAGAUGUGAUGGUUUUAAAUGAUAUCAUAGAGCAAGCCGCUGGUCGGCAUAGUCGUGCUAGUGACCGUGGUGUCUCUGUUUACUAUUUUCCAACAGAGGACGAUGAUGAAGAUGGUCCCACAUUCAAGGACAAAGCUCUAGAGGCCAUACUUAGAGGAAUUGACAUUUUUUGUGUGUGGGAUUGUUGCUGGGUAUGGCUAAAAUUUCAAGAAUGGGUUUCGCUCAUCGUCUUUGAUCCAUUCGUUGAGCUUUUCAUUACAUUGUGUAUCGUUGUAAACACAAUGUUCAUGGCAAUGGACCACCAUGAUAUGAAUAAGGAGAUGGAAAAAAUUUUGAAAAGCGGCAAUUAUUUCUUCACUGCGACUUUCGCAAUCGAGGCCACUAUGAAACUAAUGGCUAUGAGCCCGAAAUAUUACUUUCAAGAAGGCUGGAAUAUAUUCGAUUUUAUUAUUGUGGCACUUUCCCUUCUUGAACUUGGUCUGGAAGGAGUUCAAGGUCUUUCUGUUUUGAGAUCUUUUCGCUUGUUGAGAGUCUUUAAAUUAGCCAAAUCGUGGCCAACGUUAAAUUUACUUAUAUCCAUCAUGGGCCGUACCGUUGGUGCCCUAGGCAACUUAACAUUCGUUCUGUGUAUCAUUAUCUUCAUAUUUGCUGUAAUGGGAAUGCAAUUAUUUGGCAAAAACUAUACAGACAAUCAGGAUCGAUUCCCAGAUGGUGAUUUGCCUCGUUGGAAUUUCACAGAUUUCAUGCAUUCGUUUAUGAUUGUAUUUCGAGUAUUAUGUGGUGAGUGGAUCGAGUCCAUGUGGGAUUGCAUGUACGUUGGAGAUGUAUCCUGUAUUCCGUUCUUUUUGGCCACAGUCGUGAUUGGAAACCUAGUCGUGCUUAAUCUUUUCUUAGCUUUGCUUUUGUCUAAUUUUGGUUCAUCUAGUCUCUCAGCGCCCACGGCAGACAAUGAUACAAACAAAAUAGUUGAGGCGUUUAACAGAAUAUCUCGUUUCAAAGCAUGGAUAAAGCGUAAUUUUGCCAAUUGUUUCAAUUAUAUUCGUAACAAGUUGACAAAUCAAAUUAGUGAUCAACCAUCAGGUGAGAGGAUCAACCAGAUCAGUUGGAUUUGGAGCGAAGAACAUGGGGAUAACGAAUUGGAGCUUGGUCAGGAUGAAAUUAUAGCCGAUGGUAUUAUCAAGAAAGGGAUCAAAGAGCAAAACCAGUUAGAAGUAGCAAUUGGUGAUGGUAUGGAAUUCACUAUACAUGGCGAUAUGAAAAACAACAAGACGAAGAAGUCCAAAUAUCUGAAUAACGCAACGAUGAUUGGCAACUCAAUUAACCACCAAGAUAAUAGACUGGAACAUGAGCUAAACCAUAGAGGUUUGUCCCUACAGGACGACGACACUGCCAGCAUAAACUCAUAUGGUAGCCAUAAAAAUAGACCAUUCAAAGAUGAAAGCCACAAAGGUAGUGCAGAAACUAUGGAAGGUGAAGAAAAACGAGAUGCCAGCAAAGAAGACCUUGGUCUUGAUGAAGAACUUGACGAAGAUGGAGAAUGUGAAGAAGGUCCACUUGACGGAGAUAUUAUAAUACAAGCAAAUGAAACAGAUAUAUUGGACGAGUACCCAGCAGACUGCUGUCCUGAUUCAUACUACAAAAAGUUUCCAAUAUUAGCUGGCGAUGAGGACUCGCCUUUUUGGCAAGGAUGGGGCAAUUUACGACUGAAAACGUUUCAAUUAAUUGAAAAUAAAUAUUUUGAAACAGCUGUUAUCACUAUGAUAUUGAUGAGUAGCUUAGCUUUGGCUUUAGAGGAUGUCCACCUUCCACAAAGACCCAUACUGCAGGAUAUACUUUAUUAUAUGGACAGAAUUUUUACGGUUAUAUUUUUCUUAGAAAUGUUAAUCAAAUGGUUAGCUCUUGGCUUCAAGGUUUACUUCACAAACGCAUGGUGUUGGCUUGAUUUCGUCAUCGUUAUGGUGUCGCUUAUCAACUUCGUUGCUUCACUUGCUGGAGCUGGUGGUAUUCAAGCCUUCAAGACUAUGCGAACGUUAAGAGCACUGAGACCACUACGUGCCAUGUCCCGAAUGCAGGGCAUGAGGGUCGUCGUGAAUGCAUUGGUUCAAGCUAUACCGUCCAUCUUUAAUGUGCUAUUGGUGUGUCUAAUAUUUUGGCUAAUUUUUGCCAUAAUGGGUGUACAGCUUUUUGCUGGAAAAUAUUUUAAGUGCGAAGAUCAAAAUGGUACUAAGCUAAGUCAUGAAAUUAUACCAAACCGCAAUGCCUGCGAGAGUGAAAACUACACAUGGGUAAAUUCAGCUAUGAAUUUUGAUCAUGUAGGUAAUGCGUAUCUGUGCCUUUUCCAAGUGGCCACGUUUAAAGGCUGGAUACCAAUCAUGAAUGAUGCAAUUGAUUCACGCGAGGUGGGCAAGCAACCAAUCCGUGAAACCAAUAUCUACAUGUAUUUAUAUUUCGUAUUCUUCAUUAUAUUUGGAUCAUUUUUCACUCUCAAUCUGUUCAUUGGUGUUAUCAUUGAUAAUUUUAACGAGCAAAAGAAAAAAGCAGGUGGAUCAUUAGAAAUGUUCAUGACAGAAGAUCAGAAAAAGUACUAUAAUGCUAUGAAAAAGAUGGGCUCUAAAAAACCAUUAAAAGCCAUUCCUAGACCGAGGUGGCGUCCACAAGCAAUAGUAUUUGAAAUAGUUACAGAUAAAAAAUUCGAUAUAAUAAUUAUGUUAUUUAUUGGCCUAAAUAUGUUUACCAUGACACUCGAUCGAUACGAUGCGUCCGAAACAUAUAAUGCUGUCCUAGACUAUUUAAAUGCGAUAUUCGUAGUUAUUUUCAGUUCCGAAUGUCUAUUAAAAAUAUUCGCAUUACGGUAUCACUAUUUUAUAGAGCCGUGGAAUUUAUUUGAUGUAGUAGUUGUCAUUUUAUCCAUCUUAGGUCUCGUGCUUAGUGAUAUUAUUGAAAAAUACUUCGUAUCACCAACACUCUUACGUGUAGUUCGCGUUGCAAAAGUGGGUCGAGUACUGCGUCUGGUCAAAGGUGCUAAAGGUAUCCGCACAUUAUUGUUCGCACUAGCUAUGUCGCUGCCAGCUCUGUUCAACAUUUGUUUGCUGCUCUUUCUCGUCAUGUUUAUCUUCGCUAUUUUCGGGAUGUCAUUUUUUAUGCAUGUACAGGAAAAAAGUGGCAUUAACGACGUUUAUAACUUUAAAACAUUUGGCCAGAGUAUGAUAUUGCUGUUCCAGAUGUCUACCUCAGCCGGUUGGGAUGGCGUUUUAGAUGCUAUUAUCAAUGAGGAAAAUUGCGAUCCACCCGACAACGACAAGGGCUAUCCGGGCAAUUGUGGUUCAGCGACAGUUGGAAUAACGUUUCUUCUCUCAUACUUAGUUAUAAGCUUUUUGAUAGUUAUUAAUAUGUAUAUUGCUGUCAUUCUCGAAAACUAUAGUCAGGCAACCGAGGACGUGCAGGAAGGUCUAACUGAUGAUGAUUAUGAUAUGUAUUACGAGAUUUGGCAACAGUUUGAUCCUGAGGGAACACAAUAUAUUCGGUAUGAUCAACUUUCUGAGUUUCUGGAUGUUUUAGAACCGCCUUUACAAAUACAUAAGCCGAAUAAGUACAAAAUCAUAUCUAUGGAUAUACCAAUAUGUAGAGGAGACAUGAUGUAUUGUGUCGAUAUUUUGGAUGCGCUAACCAAGGACUUUUUCGCACGGAAGGGAAAUCCAAUAGAAGAUACUGGUGAAAUAGGCGAAAUUGCUCCUAGGGCAGAUGCGGAAGGACAUGAACCGGUGUCAUCAACUUUAUGGCGACAACGGGAAGAGUAUUGUACACGAUUGAUACAAAAUGCCUGGCGAAAGUACAAAGCACGUACAUCUGGUCAAAUUCAAGGAAACAUCGAAUGCAACUCUGCUCCUGAAAAUGGCGAUGGUACCGACCCUGGUGUCGGACGAAAAUCUGGAGACACCGAUCGUGAUGACAAAGCUAGCGGCUUAAAUAGCCCGGAAGGGUGCGUCUGUGGGAGUCCAGUUAGUCCCGGUCUUGCUAGUGGUGGAGUAGGUGGUGGAUCAAAUGGCAAUAAUGGUCGCCAAACGGCCGUGUUGGUCGAAAGUGAUGGCUUUGUGACAAAGAACGGUCAUAAGGUUGUAAUACACUCGCGCUCACCGAGUAUAACGUCGAGAACUGCAGACGUCUGAGCCAGGCCUCGCCCCUCCCUCCAGGAUGCACCUUCAUUGAACUGACUUAAAUCACCAUAAAUAAUUUUCUGCCACAUUCAACAACAACGACAGCGUACAACAAAAACACAAAUGUAAUAAAGCUACAAGAUCCAGCAUCACUAUAAAUGUCUGCAGUGUUUGUGGAAUCUGUAAACAAUAAUAUGCGUAUAGAUAUAUACAUACAUAUAUUUACUCUACAUAUCUAUAUAUAAACAUGUAUUUGUAUAUAUAUAUAUAUAUAUAUCUUGCUACGGAAAUUAAUUACAGGAAGCACAAACAACACCAUAUUACUGUGACUCUAAACAAAUUGAAAUUAAUCGAUUAAAUGAUGCUUAUUUGUCUAUUCAAAUUUUAAAUUAUUAAAAAAUUUAAUUACUUCCUUACUUCUUAUAGUAAUUGUAUACAUAAGUAUACAUUUAACGGAUUAUUCCUAUAACCGUCUUAAUUGUCAAAUGUUUUACGCUUAGUUUCGCUUGCCGCAAUUAAGAAAAAUUAAAUACAUUUUAAAAUGUACUUAUUGUUCAUUCAAAUGGUACAUUCUAAACGUUUUCUUUUAUGGCAGCGUUAUGCCGCAAUUUUUCUUUAAUUUGAAGCAAAUUUGCGGCCGAAAGUUAGUAAACAUACAUAUAUAAAUUGCAAUACAAAGCCUACUGCCAUAUCUCUAAACUCAAAUGCACCGCAAUUGAAGAAAAGAGAAAUAUUUACAUACUUACACCACUAUUCUUAAAUCUAAAUUAAAUAAAAAAAGCAUCAUUCCAUGUCCAUCGCUAUAUCAGUGAAUUUACGCCGCUCAUUAAGAAAAUUUUGCAAGUAUGGUCAUAAAAUAUUAAGAUUUUUUGGAGAUGGGGUACAUGGAAAAUCGUAAAACACAUAGCAAAUUAGAAGCAGUCGGUGAAUAAGAGUUUAUUGCAACGGCUGAAGUUAAAAUUUAUUAUAAAUAAAUUUCACAAAAUAAUGUUUUCAAAAAUCUAACGAUUAAAGGACGUCUUGCUUGCAGUAAGCUAUUUUAAAAAAUUAUAUUUGAAGAAUUAUUUGACAUGACAUUGAUGAGUUAUAAAAUAUAUUAAAACUACAAACUUGUAGAAAAUAUGAGUGAAUAAGAGCAUGGAGCCUGAUCAGAAAAACUAACAAUAUUUACCAUAGUUUACUACAACAUUUCACGAUUUAUUCUGCAUUACACUUACUUCAAAAAACAUUUGAGAGCAUAAUAAAAUAUUGUGAAUUAGUAACAAAACUAAGCAGUUAAAAACAAAUGAUCCAUAAUUCGAGUACGUCAAAUUUUAAGCAAUGUAUGGUCAUUAGGGUAUGAUUAAUGAGUGUAAGAAAUUUCUUACGGCUGUAAUUGUUCGCCCAUAUGCAGAAAUAAUGAGUAAAUCUGACACAGAAUUUUAGACAACUCCUGAUUUCAAAGAAUAAUACAAUAGUACAAUCUGAAUUAGCAACAAUGGCUAUAUCGGAAUAAAUUUGUGUCAAUUGAAGAUUCGAAAAUUUUGGCACAAAAUGACAUACUUUCGUUGCUUAAGAACAGAAACGAAAGUGCUCACGAUGAAAGUGGAUGGGUAUAAUUGUUUGCGCAUGAAUAUUAUUACAUUUUGAGCAACUAUUCAAAACUAAAAACCAAAAAUACGUAUAUACAUAUAUACAUAUAUGGUCACAAGCGUAUUCUUUUGAAAUGUUUUUAUAACAUAUACAUACAUACAAUAGCUGCAGGAUAUCGGUAAAUAGUAUAUGCUCACAGCUAGUCAGAAAAAACUCUGUAAACACAAUUACAUUAUUAUGGCUUAAAACUCACAGACACUCAGUGACCCAAUAAAGACCAUUUCAUCAUUAAAAUUAUACGAAUUGUAUGUUUUUUAAUGAUCUUAAUUACUUAUUAAAUAUUGAUUGACACUUUCGCAAAUUUAAUGCUUAAAUCACCUAGAUGUUAUUACCAACUAUAUGUUCCAACGCGAACAUGUAUUUAACGAAAAAAGAAACGCUUUAGUACUGCUAUGUAUCAUUUAAAUAAAUCUAUAUUCCUAUGGCUUGCCAUUAGUUGAGCAAAAAUAUUUAAGCUUUCGUUGUUUUUGAUUGCGACUGCAGCGUAAACAAUAUGCAAUAAAGAAUAUAAUGAGCAGAAGCAUUACGGCUGAUGUGGCUACCGCCAAUUCUAGCCCAAAAGCCAAGUUGCUUCACUAAAUAUUUUUUAAGCUGUUUAUGAGAUGCUACAUACAGAAAAUAAGUUCAUUGAAUAAACCAAAAUCUAUCAAUUGGGUGCAAAAACUUAAAAAAAUGAGGGGCGGGCGAGAUGAAAAGUAUGUGAAUUAAAAAUAUUAUAAACAUUUUAAUAACCAAAAAGAACAUUAAUAGUACAUAUGAUAACGAAACAAUUCAUAAAUGAGUAGAGACAAUAGAUAAAAAUGUGUAAUAAGUAGUAAAAUUUCGUAAAUAUAUGUAAAUAUUAAAAAAAGCUAAUGAGGGAAGUUAUUAUCAGAAAGCGAAUAGUCAAACAAAAUCUGCAAAAAAUUAAAAUCCUUGACUUGGAAUAAUGUAGAGGCUUAAUUAAUAAUUUACAUUACAAGCGCCAACUUUAUAGUUACAACGUUUAAUGGUUUGUGUUACCAGGACACAUUCACUACUUCAAAAUAAUUUAAUUUUGAUUACACCAGCCUUUACAUUUUGGUAGUAUCGAUAAUGAAUAUGUGAGCAAUGGCUGAUUGAAAGAGUUUAAUACACAUAAUUAACUCGAAAAUACAUAGGCAUAUACAGUAAAAACCGUAAAAAUAUGAACCUAAAAUCGAUAACACUUAGAGCAUAACAAAAUAAAGCUGAAUACAAAAUGCUUUUUCAUAAAAAUUAUUAAGCUUUAUAUAUAAAUGUAUUUGUAAGAAAUUAAACAUACACAAUAUGUACAUUCGGUAACUUUUUAACUCAUACAUGACAUAAUAAAACGUUCGUACAGGUUCACUCCUUAAUACUUAUGUAAAUGUAUAAAAAAUGACAUAAUUUAUGUGUUUAAGCGAAUGUAAAUGUAAUGGCGGAAAUUGUAAUUAGCUAUAGCUAUCAAAUUGCGUUAGAUAUUCUAAUAAAACUAGCAAAAAAAAAUUUGAUAAAUAAAAAAAUAGGAACAAAAAUGCUUUAUUUCUUAAGAAAAAUCUAAGAUAUUAAACAAAUUGCAUAAAAUAUAUUAAUUUCUAUUCUAUUACAUUUUUAAGAGCUUGAUAUGUUUUUUUAUUGAAAUCUGUGUGCAUACAUCUCGUUCAAAAUAUUUGCGACGGUUAAGUACUACAUACAUACAUAUGUAUAUUGUUUAAUAUGGUAGUCUAUUAAAUUUACCUGCAAAAAUUAUGACAUUUUGUUAUGGUAUAUACUCAAAAGGCCAGCAGAUACAUACAUAUGUACAUAUAUUAAUCAAGCCGUGAAAUUAUUGGAAUAUUUCAAGUUUGCUUUAUAGUUUUUAUUAUAAUUUGUAAGGCAUCAGAGUAUUUUGGUCUUUUUUAAACUGAGCUUAAAACGUACAAUAUAAAAUGAGGUCUAACGAAUAUAGUGCAUAUUAAGGACGCUAUUGAAAGCUUUGCCCAUAACAAUGAAUGUUGUAUUUGCUUACAGAAGGAUAAAGUGUUGAUUUAGAAAUGCUGUGAUACGGUAUAGUAUCACUAUAUUUUCGUUAUACAGGCCGAAUUACAAAACCAAUUUAAAGCUAAAAUUAAUCUUAAUUUAUGUGUUUGUUUCACCCACAUCAGAAAAUCGUUGGUUCGAAGAAUAAAUGUUGAUAACUUCAAGGUUCAACUAGUAUUUCUUAUAAUUGCUGGCCUUUGGGUUUUCACUAUAACUCAACAUAUGUAACUAUAUGUUAAAAUAAUUUUCACACUCGUACUUAUAUAAGUAUAAGUGAAUAUAUAUGGGUAUAGAAACUAAUAAUAGCGCAUGAGUUAUUAAGCUCGAUAUGUAUAUUUUUGUAAUGCAAAAAAAAAAACUUUAAGGCAGAAUUAAAUAUUACAAACAAAUUAAUAAAUUGUUAAAAUCAACAAAGAAGUCAAAUAAAAAACAUCUUCUAAUCUACAUUAUGAUAGUAUUCAUAUCCAAAUGCACUGGCAAAUUAAGAAAUGGCAUGGACCUAUAAAAAACUUAAACUGAAAAGUAGCCUCUGCUAAUGAAAUUUCAACUAUGAAUUAUAUUUUAUCAAUUUAUCUUAACACCAGAAUAUUUAUAAAUCCUCGCAUUCACUAAAUAUGUACAUAACUGCAAGUACAUACAUUCAUAACCAUUUAAAAUAUUUAAUAUACGCGUGUAUAUUCGUGUACUAAUUAUUUUCACUUUUUUUUUGAGGGCAACUCAACAAACAUGCCUAAGCUUUCAGCUAUCGUUCUCAAACGUUUUGGCAUUAACCGCUUUAUUCAGUUAUCAUGAUCCUAAGCUGAAUAAGGGCUGAAAUCUAAAAGGCCUAAAAAGCGUUGUAUGGGGUUAUAGCUUUCAUAAUAAGAGGAUAUAUGUACAUACAAAUAUGUACAUUCAUAAGUACACAUUCCGGCGCUCUCUGAAAUUUCAUAUAAGCAUUUCCUAUAGACUUUUAUCACUUUACAGUUUCGUAGGUUCUUAUACGAAUAAAAAAUUUUGACCUCAGUUAAAUUUAACAGAAAAAAUUAGUACCUUAAUUAUUUAUAGAUGUAUUAUUUAAUUCUCCGACCUGAGGUCAACUUAAAAGAAAUCCAACAAAUUAUUUAAAGAUAAAUUGUUUAAUUUUUCGUACUCUUCAUUGUAAAUGUUCAAUAAAUACCAACGUAGGAAAUCUUUACAAACAAUAAAUAUUCUAAAACAGGUUUUAUCAAAGAUUAACAAAGAUUAAAUUUAUAAUAAAACUCUAUUAAAUAGCAACUUCCCCGGCUAUACUAGGGUUUAAAUAAUUUUUAUAUUUAAGUUAGUUAAGAAAUUCGAAAGUUUUAAAAUUACCACUUUUUCAUUUCUAGCUUUUCUGAACUUGUUUCAAUGUCAUAGUAGGGUAAUAAAAGCUUCGUACCAGAAUAAACUAUAAUUAUUCGCAAAAAAUAUGAACUAUCUAGCCCUUUCACUUCUUAACAAUAUUUUACAUUAUACCCAGAAUACACGAGAAAAUGCCUUCAUUAAAAUAUUUCAGUGUCACACCCUAUUGAUGGACAUACAUUCAUACAAACAUAUGUACAUUUACACGACGCAUGAAUCAAGGUGCAAAGAUUUAUAGAUGAAACAUUAGUCUUAGCAGUGAAACGAUUGAAAGCCAAUGCACAAUAAUAUUUUAAAUGUCAUUUAGUAAAAAAAAAAAUAAUAAUAAUAAUAUAAUAAUAGCAAUAGUUUCAAAAAAUAUGUGGAAGAAUAGAGAAAUAGGCGUGACAGUUUAAAAAUAAAAUCAUCAGAUUAUAUAAUAAUAUGUAAAAAAAUAUUAAA